GGGCGUGGCCGCGCAGCCAUGGAAGGGGACGGCGCGUACGAGCCGGGGUUCGUGGGGAUCCGCUUCUGCCAGGAAUGUAACAACAUGCUGUACCCCAAGGAGGACAAGGAGAACCGGAUCCUGCUCUACGCCUGCAGGAACUGUGAUUAUCAGCAGGAGGCCGACAACAGCUGCAUCUACGUCAACAAAAUCACGCACGAAGUCGACGAGCUGACUCAGAUCAUCGCCGACGUCUCGCAGGACCCGACGCUGCCCCGCACCGAGGACCACCCCUGCCAGAAGUGCGGGCACAAGGAGGCCGUGUUCUUCCAGUCGCACAGCGCCCGCGCCGAGGACGCGAUGAGGCUUUACUACGUCUGCACCGCCCCCCACUGCGGCCACCGCUGGACCGAGUGACCCCAAAAGUGACCCCAAGAGUGACCCCAAGAGUGACCCCAAGAGUGACCUCAAGACUCCAAAGAUUACCCCAAAAAUGACCCCAAAAGUGACCCCAAGACACCAAAAAUUAAACCAAAAAUGACCCCAGGAUUGGCCUCAAAUGUAACCCCGAAGUUACCCCAAAACUGACCCCAAAAAUGACCCAAAAGUGACCCUAAAAGUGACCCCAGGAUCCUAAAAGGGACCCCAGGAGUGACCCCAAGAAUGACCCCAAAAGUGACCCCAAUACACCAAAAGUGACCCCAAAAGUGACCCCAGGACCCCAAAAGUGACCCCAAAUGGGACUUCAAGAGUGACCCCAGGAGUGACCCCAAAUGCGAACCCAGGACCCCAAAAAUUACCCCAAAAGUGACCCUGGGACCCCAAAAAUUAAACCAAAAUUGACCCCAGGAUUGGCCUCUCAAAUGUGACCCUAAAGUGACCCCAAAAGUGACCUCAGGAGUGACCCCGGGAUCCUAAAAGUGACCCCAGAGGUGACCCCAAGAGUGACCUCAAGACUCCAAAAAUUACCCCAAAAAUGACCCCAAAA